AUGGCCCUCUCCAUAGUGCGCAAGGUACGAGCAUUCGUGCUCUUCCUCACAACCGUCAACCUCGGCCUUACCAUCGCAACCUACAUUUUUAUCUCCAACCUCCUCGGCCGCAAAGCAUCCUCCGGAAACGGCAUGUUCCCCCUUGAACCCAUCCAUUACCUCGAGAUCGCGUUAGCAACCUUCCUCUUCUUUGGUUACCUCUACUCGCUCUGCUGUAACCUCUACAAACUCAACCGGAUCUUCCGUGUCGUCCUUAUGUCCGCCCUCGCCAUCGCCCUCAUCGUCGUCCAGGUUAUCUUUAUGGUCGACCAGAUCAAGGAUAACAACACCCCCGAUGAGGGUGGGGAUGUUUCCAAGUUGGGUCCGUUUUCGUGUCAAGGAGGAGGGGAUAUGUGUUAUGUCUCGAAUGCCAACUUGUUUGUUGCGAUCAUAACUGGUCUGUUUGCGUUGGUGGAGGCUGUGGUGACGUUGGUGGUGAAGGAGGAGAAGAAAGAGGAGAAGUAUUAUUAUGAGGAUCGGGAUGAUGAUGAUAGCGAUGGUGGGUCCGUCAUCAUUUUUUGA